AUCUCUCCUCCCUCUUAUCCGUCCACCCCGGUCCGCUUUCAUCCCAAGCUCCCAUCCGAACCCGCCGUGCAUCCUAUCCGAGUGGCCCUCUCGCAGGCCCGCGUGCAACCUCCACCAUGAGUCGGAACCAUAUCAUCAUCGGGCCUCGCUCCGCCCUCACCGAUUACCUAGCUUCCCAGAACAUCUCGGCCAGCCGCAUCGCCAGGCAGGCACAGGCACGUCGCGAGGCCGCCAGCACUGCCACCGCCCCUACCGCUGCAGAAGGCGAAGAGGGCGCGGGGGAAGAGGCCGCACCGGAGGAAGAGGCGACACAGGUUUCCACCCGGGCCCAGAAGCGCAAGGCAGAAGCCGAGGCGAUCCGAAAGAUCAAGAGGUCCAAGGCCUUCGCGAGACGUAAGCAAUUCGAGCGCGCUUCCAAGGGUAAGAAGGGGUCUCGGGUUGGAGAGGAUGGCGAGGAGGACGAAGAGUAUUAUCUGGCUAUGGACAUGCUGGCUCGCGACCCCGAGCAAUGGGCUCCCGUACCGGGCCAGACGGAGAACUGCGAGAGUUGCCAGAAACGCUUCACCGUAACCCCGUACUCGCGCGCGGGGCCCCAGGGCGGUCUGCUCUGUCAGAAGUGCGGGAGCGUGCUGGCCGGGAGCGACCAGGCCGCAAAGAAGAAGAAGAAGAGGGCCACGACCAGCGGCCCCGCUGGCGGCGGGCGAAGAAGGGUCCAGAGCAAGAUGCUCGACGGCCAGAUCGGGGUCAGGAGUUUGGUGACCCUCUGCGUCGAGACUCUGGCCAACAACAUCGGCCUCGCCGACGAUCUCGGCGACCUCCCCCCCACCGCCCUCGACAGCGUUGCCAGACACCUAUCCAAACGCAGGCUUCUCAAUCCCAAGACCCUCCCGCUCUUCCUCCAGCCUAACGUGGAGGACCUAAGCCUGUACGACGCAGCUCGCCUAAGCUCGGAUGACUAUGUCCGAAUAUUCCAGACCUGUGCAAAGCUGAAGAAUCUCAAGCUGCGCAACGCGAUCCAGUUCAACGACGACGUCAUGAAGUACCUGAUCGGAAGACAUAUCACGCUCGAGAGCAUCUAUCUGCACGGCGCAAACCUCAUAUCCCAGGCCUCCUGGGCCGAGUAUCUGCAGGCAAAGGGGGCAGCUCUCAAGGGCCUCCGCGUAUAUUACACGGAUAAGCAUUUUAGCGACGAGGUUGUGCAGUCGCUACAAACCCACUGCCCGUCCCUGACGCACCUGAAGAUUUGCCACAACCAGCAAGUCUCGGACGAAGGCAUCCGGCACAUCGCGCACCUCCGCCACCUCGAGCGCCUGAGCCUGCAGUUCGUCCAGAUGACCUCGACGGAGCCUUACGUCGACGUCAUUCGAAACGUCGGAAGAAAUCUCCACACGUUCUCGCUGCGGAUGGUCCCGGACGUCGACGACCGUCUGCUCGAUGCCCUCCACGAACACUGCCGCCUGCUGACGAAGCUGCGCAUCACCCACAGCGAGAAGAUGACGGACGCCGGAUUCGCCAGGCUCUUCAAGGGAUGGAAGAACAAACAGAUCGCGUCCAUCGACCUGGAGCUCUGCCGCCACGUCGACGCCGAACAGCCGAGGCAGAACCGGCACAAUGUCGGCCUCUGCUCGGACGGGUUCCGGGCUAUGAUGAGCCACUCGGGCGGGAUCCUAAGAAAGCUCAACGUCCACGGGUGCAGGCAUAUCUCGCGCGAAGCGUUCGAGGACGUCUUCUCCGCCGACAAGGUGUAUCCCCACCUCGCCGACCUCGAGAUUAGCUUCUGCGAGGAGGUCACGGAUUUCGUCGUCGGGUCCAUCUUCCGCAGCUGCCCCAAUUUGAAGAAACUGAACAUUUUCGGUUGCAUGAGGGUGAAGGACGUUCGCGUCCCCAAGGGUAGAAUCUUGGUGGGCAUGCCGAACGCGAUAGGAAUGGUCAUCGAGGGUGACGAUUGAAAGUAUCGACGUUCUCGUCACGGUUCCGCCAGUCUCUACGCGACGUCUAGCGGGCGCCAAGCACGAUGCUGACACCGACGAGGAUAGGCAAACGCCCUUCUGCCCUGUCCACCCCUAUUACUAACUGACUCGGCGUAGCUCUUCGUCCUA